UUUUGUAAUUUUUUUGACUUGUAAAAGUAACCUGAACAAAAACAAAAUGGAGUAUGAAAAGGCUGGUCUCCUACAGGAACAGUUUGUGAAGCAAGCCUUGUUGACUCCAGAUGCUGUGGCUGUUGUUAGCCCAGAAGAGGAUUUGACUGUAAGUUUUGGCCAGCUGCAGACAUGGACAGACAUCCUGGCUGUCAAACUACAAACUCUGGGCGUUCAGGCGGAGACUUCUGUGGGGAUUUAUCUGGAGAAAAGUGUCGACUUUGUGUCUGCCUAUAUUGCCAUUCUCAAAGCAGGUGCUGGUUAUCUCCCUCUUGACACCUCUUACCCAACUCCCAUGCUGGAGUCAGUGCUGGAAGAUUCCAAACCCACCAUUGUCAUCACUAGCCCAGAUCUGGCACCAAAACUUGAUACAUAUCCUUCCAAACAGGUUCUGGUGCUUGAAAAAGGCUGGCAGUCAUCAUUUGAUGCAGAAAACAAGGACAAACAGGCAACUCUACAAGACCCCAAGACUCAUCUUGACAGUUUGGCCUACACUGUCUAUUCAUCAGGCACAACUGGCAAGCCUAAAGGUAUCACUUGCCCACAGCGAGGUGCUGUGUAUUCCUACCAUCAUCGACACACUUACUUCCCUUACUCCGAGGGAGAUCGUGAAGCUUGCAACAUUUUCUUUGUGUGGGAGAUGUUGAGGCCCCUGAUGAAAGGGGUCCCCUUGUACAUCAUCAGCAACCACGUGGUGUACGACCCACCCUUCCUGUGCGACUUCCUGGCUAAACACAGCAUCACCCGCAUGCUCUUCACCCCCAGCCUGUUGGAGACUGUGGUCAACACUAUCUCGCCUGAAACACUCAAAGAAAGCUUCAAAACUGUCCGCCAGAUUUGGUUUUGUGGGGAAGUGGUGACAACUUCGCUGUUGGAUCGCUGCAUGACUUACAUGCCCUGGGUGCGCUACAUAAAUCUGUACAGUAUAUCCGAGUGUCACGAUGUAGCUUGUGAGGACUUGAGCCAGUACUACAGAGAGUUUAAGGAAUCUUUAAUGGCCCGUAAAUUUUGCCCCGUGGGUCACAUAAUGGAAGGGGCAGAGAUCACUAUACUGAAUAAAGAGGGCAAAGUUCAACCAGUAGGAAUGUCAGGGGAGAUCUAUGUAAGUGGUCCAGCCUUAGCUAGAGGAUACCUCAAUAGACCAGAGGUUCAGAAACAAAGAUUCAUCACCAUGGAGGUGGAUGGACAACCAAAACGCUUGUAUCGGACUGGAGACUGGGGUUACAUGUUGUCUGGGGGUAGCUUGGAGAUCUGUGGCCGUGUGGAUUCCAUGGUCAAGAUACGAGGAUACUCCAUUGAAGUUCAGGCUGUUGAGUCAUGUCUCCUGUCCCUGCCAAUGGUGAAGGCCUGUGUUGUGCUGGUGCGAGGGGAUGAAGGCGAUGACAAAUUUCUUGUGGCUUAUAUUGUCUGUGAGAGGGAGACCACAAAAAAAGAGGUCAGGGCUGAACUUAAGAAGAGACUGCCCUUCUACAUGAUACCAUCAUACGUGUUAUUCCUUCAAAGUAUACCUGUAGUGGCAGCAACAGGAAAGUUGGAUAAAUCAGCAUUACCAGAUUUUAACUCCCAGCAAAUAGAGGGAAUCAGUGCAGAGGGGAGACCAUCCACAGUCACUGAGGUGGCGCUGGCAGAAAUCUGGAUAGAAGUCCUGCAGCUGAAAGAGGUGGACAUUCAGGAAAGCUUUUUUGACCUGGGUGGACAUUCUCUUAUGGCCACAGAACUUCUACAGAGAGCAAAGAAAAAGUUUAAUGUAAACCUGGCAGUGCGUGAUCUCUUCCUGUAUCCAACAGUUGCCAGUUUGUCUAAGCUGAUUGAUGGUCGUAUGGCCAGCAGCAAUGGAGAUGAUGCACGUUCAAACACAAAUGGUGAUCUUUCUGAGCCCACCAUAGAUUUGAAUGCUGAAGUUAUUCGCCAUGAUCAAGGUGUAUCAAACCUGGAUAUGCAGCUGCGUGCCUUCUGGCGUACGUUCCAACAUGGCCACCACUUUAAUCAUGGGAGAGUUCUGUUAACUGGUGCUACUGGGUUCUUAGGGUCUUUUAUACUAAGAGAGCUUCUUUUGCAUACUAAGCUUCGAGUCUACUGUUUGGUUCGUGAGCUGCCACAAAGAUCUGCGCUGGACAGAAUUCAGACAACACUGAGGAAGUAUGGGAUACUUUCCAGUGAUAAAUCAACAGAGACUGAUGACCAGGCUCUCAUUGAAGAAGCUUUGAACCAAAGAGCUGUUGCUCUUAGGGGUAAUGUUUCCCUGUUGCGUCUUGGUCUGAGUGAAGAAGACUAUACAUACUUAUGCACUGACAUUGAUUUUGUCAUUCACUCUGCUGCAUCUGUAAAUCUGGCAUAUCCUUACAGUGCACUACAUGGACCUAACGUCAUGGGCACAGCUAAUGUAAUACAGUUUGCCUCAACUGGGAAGGUUAAAGCUUUACAUUAUGUUAGCACCAAUGGAGUUUUCCCCCAUGGCAUGGUAAGGUGUAAGGAAGAUGCAGACAUCUCAAAGUUCUCUGACAAGUUAACUGAUGGCUACUCCCAGUCCAAAUGGGUUGCUGAGCAGCUGGUAGCAAGAGCUAGAGACAGAGGACUCCCUGUUACUAUUUAUAGACCAGGUAAUUUGUCUGGAGAUUCCAAAAAAGCUUACUGGAACCCUCAAGAUUUCACACUUCUGCUACUUCAGGCUUGUGCCAAAACUGGUCUGGCACCAAAUUUGGACUGGAGUAUGGAGAUGACACCCGUAGAUUUUGCUGCCAGUGUUAUUGUAAAACUGACUCAAUACCCAGACUGUGCCCUGGGCAAAACUUUGCAUCUGGUCAAUGAUAAGCCAAUGAAAUCCAAACAAGUAUUUCAGUGGAUGAACAGUCAUGGCUUCCCACUGCAGUUGUUAGAUUUUGAUGAAUGGAAAGUCAGAGUAAUCCAAGAGUUAGCCUCUACCAAUGGUUCAAGUACUCCAAGUGUUGAAGCCAUGGAGCCUGUUUUAGAGUCCUACAUUGGGGAUGCUCACUUCCUGCCCAACCUGAGCACAUACAAUAAUGAAACUCUUCACAAGGUUCUCACAGAGUUGGGGAUGUUGUACCCCUACACUGAUGUUAGACUGUUACGGACAUACUUCACAGAGCUCUCUAGCAGGAAUGUCAUUGGUCGAAGGAAAAGUGCUAACUCUGUCCACCCUUUAGCAGACAGAAUAGCUUUAGUCACUGGGGCAUCAAGUGGAAUAGGCCAGGCCACGGCUACAGCUUUAGCUGCUGCUGGGGCUAAGGUGAUUCUAGUUGCAAGACGAGACCAAGCCUUGCAGGAUAUUGUAAAAACUAUCAAAGAUGAUGGAGGAGAAGCUGUAGCUUUUAAAGCUGAUGUUACUGAUAGGACGCAGGUAAAAUCUGUUGUAAAGCAAGCCGAGUCAUCCGUAGGACCUAUAGAUAUUCUAGUCAACAAUGCUGGGGUCAUGUACUACACCAUGAUGAAAAACCUGCAUGAGGAGGAGUGGGAAAGGCAGAUUGAUGUCAACUGCAAGGGUGUGACUAACUGUAUAGGUGCAGUGCUAGAAGGGAUGCUGAAGAGAGGGAAAGGUCACAUUGUCAAUAUUUCCUCAGAUGCUGGGAGAAAGGGUUUCCCAGGUUUAGCUGUGUAUUCAGGAACCAAGUUUUUUGUGGAAGGUAUGUCCCAAGCUUUAAGACAUGAGAUGUCAGGACUGGGUGUUAAAGUUACAUGUAUCCAACCUGGUGACGUCAGAACACCUAUAGGAGCUAAUGCAACUGAUACAGAGGCUGUUUCUAAAUAUGAUGGCAGUGCUAAAGUCCAAAUCCUAGAACCUAGCGAUGUCGCAAGAGCUAUUGUUUACGCUGUUUCCCAACCCAAACAUGUGGCAAUCAAUGAGAUACUAGUGGAGCCCAGAGAAGCACCGAUCUAAUAUUUUCAUUAAUAAAUGCACCAUGAUUCAGAUUUUCAGUUAAAAUAAAGUACUUUAUGUAUUAGUAAGUAAUGAAGUGAUUUCACGAUACCUGAACAUUUCAAACUUGUUGAAACUUUAACUUUUGUUGUUUAUUUGGAAUAAGAUGACUAGUCAAGAUAAAAAUUAUACAUACAUAUAGUUCUUCUACUAGAUCUAUGUAUUUUAUCAUGAUUUUGCUGUUAAAAAAAUCAAUUUUUAAUUUCAUUGUAUUUAUUUUUAACUGACUGUAAUAAAAAAAACAAUUGACGAGCUCUUGUUCUUAAGACUUUGUUGAAUGAACCUACAGUAUUGGUAAAUCUUCCUAUUUAAAUCUAUCCUGAUGUAUUUUAAUGCUGAUGGUUGUGAUUGCAUUAUCUAAUAUUGUAAUUUUAAAAUGUUACUUCUGUAGAAUUCUUUCAUGAACAAAUUUUACAGUGCUGAUUUUAUGUUGCGGCUUGCAAGAAAUACAAUAUUUAAAAAACAAAGUUAUAACAUGCAUUUUGAUUUUUUUUUUACUUAUUGUUGCAAUAGGAUCACUCACUAACAGAGGGGGAUAACUGUAUAUUAUAUUUUCUUCCAUUGUUCUUGAGAUUUAGAUAUGACAUUUUGUUUAGAACUGUGUAAUUUCAUUAUUGUAAUUCACAUACAAAAGAACUUUUUAAAAUUAUACAGUGUAGCUUUUUGACAUAAUGUGCCAAUAGAAUAUAUUGAAACUGAAUAAAUUUAGAAAAA